UUACCACGGUUCAGAGUUCAGAGCGUAGGUUAACAAAUACAUCAUUUGACGGAAGUUGAUUGUUACAUACAAGUACAUAUUGACCCGAAGCUAGAAUGUUCCCAGUUAUUUUUCAUUUUGCUGGCUGUGAUCUCCAGAACAAAUAUGUCGGAUAAUAUUGACGAAUACUUCGGUAUUCAGCAAGAUGAAAAUUAUAGAGAAUUCAUGGGAUGGAUCACCGGAGGUGGUCUCCGUUAUGCCUACGCGAAGCAUAAUGAACUGCCUGAUCCCGAAAGCUUCUAUCGCAAAAAAGUUACUGAAGAAAACAAACGCAAAGUGAUAAUCGUCGGCGCCGGGAUGUCGGGACUGGCAGCAGCUUAUGAACUAGCUCAGAUAGGACAUGAGGUCACUAUUCUUGAGGCACAAACUCGUGUGGGCGGCCGUGUUAAAACUCUCAGGGAAGGUUUUCAAGAUGGUCUGCACUGCGAAGGUGGAGCAAUGCGGCUUCCAAAUAACCAUUUCCUAACGAAACACUACAUAGACCUGUUCAAUGUUGAGACUAGAAAGUUCCAGAAUUUCAAUGCAAAUGGAUACAUGUAUAUAUAUGGAGAAAAGAUUACGAUGAAAGAAUGGUCUGAAAAUAAUGGAUAUUACAGCGACCGUUUCUGGCCAGGAUGGGACGCUAACAUAAAAGAAAUAAAAGUGGAUCAAAGCAUAAAGGGGAUACUGGACUACUAUGACUGUACAAUGGAUGUAGUCAAGAAAGACCUGGGCACAGAUCCAUGUGAGGAACAAUGGCAACGUUGGAUCAACAAAUGGAGCAAGCUUUCAGUGGAAGACUUCUUAAGGAGCACAAUAUACCAAUCUGAUGACCUACCACAGCUCAGACCCUGGCCUGAAGAAGCUAUUGAAGCAUACAAGGUUUCAACAUACACCCCAAUGUUUAGCCAGGAUCUUGUAGCCUACUUGCGAGAAGAGCUUGGAGAGUGGUGGAAGGAUCCAAUGUACACGCCUAAAUUUGGAAUGGAUGAGAUACCAAAGUCAUUUGUAAAAAAGAAUAAGAACGGAUGGAAUGAAGAUGUAUAUCUGUCCAAAAAUUUAAAAUUUGGAGUCAUGGUACAAACGGUCGAGAAUAUUGAGGAAGGAGGUCGGGGCAGAAAGGUAAAAGUAUCUGGUGUGAAUAGAACAACAGGUAGGGCAGAGGUGUUUGAAGGAGAUGCGGUUAUUUUUACUCUACCGCUUCAUAUUUUACGCCAGCUUGAAAUUCCUCUCACUAUAGAUCAAAGAAAGGCACUCGCAUCAGUAACUUAUGGUGCUUCAACCAAGGUAAUGCUUCAAUGUAAAACACGCUUCUGGCAGAAAGAGGUUGGUCAAGGGGGCUUCAGUAAGACAAGCAUGCCAAUUGGUCAGCUACAUUAUCCCGAUUACGAUGGGUCUGGAAUAGAAGACGACGAGCGUGGAAUUUUAUUGGUUUAUACUUGGGAUGAAAAUGCCUUGAUGUUCGGCUCUGAAACCAAGGAGCUAGCAAUAGCCAGUGCUGUUGGACAGAUUGGUAAAAUCCAUCCAGAAAUAAAGGAUGAGUUUGAAGUAGGCAACGUACAGGCAUGGUACAGCGAUCCAGCUGCCCAGGGAGCGUAUGCCAGUUUGAAGCCAUUCGAGUACAUGAAGUACAUGAAAACACUGACAAAGCCGACGGAAACGAUAUAUCUGGCCGGAGAAGCUUUGUCUUGGUCUAAUGGCUGGAUACAAGGUGCGAUAUUUUCUGGGCUGAUGCAAGCUUACUGUCUACAAUCACUGGUAGAAGGAUGUCCCAAUAUCUGCGAUCCUGUUUCACUCUUGAUCAAAUAAAUAGGAGUCUGAAUACAGAUUUGGAUUCAGCUUGACAUUUGCAUACAUUAGUAUCUUUUUCUACAUCUUUCACAAGUCAAUAUGAAAUUAACUUAUUGUCAGGCUUUCCUUGCCCUUUAAAGGCCAGCAAUUUUAACACACAUUUAGCUUACUAUUCGUUUGUUAAAAUUGUCGUUUUUCGUCUAUAUAUUUUUGAUGUUUUAUAUAUAUUAUAUGAUGUUUACUCCAAUUACAAUAUGCUAGUGACACUAUGGAUAAAAUGUGUAUUAUCUAUUUUUUCUAGUUGUUAUUUGCUCAUUUUUGUUAAUUAGUAAGUAUCAAAUACAGAUUAUUGCAGUGAACAUAUUGAAAUUAAAGAUAAAUGUAUAAGGAUUUAUGCUAUUUCAGAGAAACAAAUAUUACUUAAGUUAUUUCACAAAUAUAUAUGUUUCAUUGAUUGUACAACAGUUUAAACUAUACAUUUUUAUUCUGUGCCUUACCCAUUAAUCUUGUUCCUGUCAAUAAAGAAACAGAAACUUUUAA